UGCAUGGCGCAGGUCCGGCUACAUAGUUCAAUUCUUCUGAAUCAAGGGACUUUACGAGUUAGUACACAUUGGUAUACUCGCGGAGUAAAUUCAGUUUUGUUCACGUUACAAUUUUACCUGUUGCACUUAUCACCGCCAUCGGCAACUAAAUUUCCAAAAUAUGAGUACCACAGUUUCGAGAUAUCGAUUAUAGUACGUAGCGGAAAUGUAACGUGAUGGUCGUAUUUGCAAUGAUGCAUACAGAGGUUCAGGUCAUGAUGUUGAAAACGAAGUUAGCCUUGACUGAGAUUCCUACUAAAAGUAGAAAUUCGACACGCAAGAUCUGGCCCUUCUUGGUGUACAACCACGACAUCGAAAAAUUACGUAUAAAUUACAACGCGAAUCCAUCAAGACAAAAGUUUCGAGAUGAACACAGUCAUUCAAUGGACGCUGCCAUCCCGGAAAGUUUUCACUGCGCGAUGAGACCUAUAUUGAGAUUAGCACAAUUAUUUGGCAUACUUCCCGUGUCUGGAAUAAAAUCUCAGUCACCCACGGAGCUUCGUUUUAAGAUAUUCUCGUUUCUGACCGUCUAUUCCGUCUUCAUCAUCGUAAUGAUACUUUUUAUAACGGUUAUAUCGAUGAUACAUAUGAUGACAACCAUAAGCGCCGAAACAUUCCACACACGCGGUGGCAUAGGCGAAGCAACGAUCGGCACGGUGUUCUAUGGGAACAGCCUGCUGGGCGCAAUUUUAUUUUUCUGGCUAUCUUCGCGAUGGACGUCUCUUCAAUACGAGUGGAAGGCCAUGGAACAAUACAUAGACAGCAAUUGUACGGUUCAUCCACGCCUUCGAUGGAAGUUUCUCCUCAUAAGUUCUACUGUUUUACUAUUGGCUCUCAUAGAACAUAUCCUAAGUAUACUGAACAACGCGGGGAGCUACGAAUGGGACGGAUCGAGCAACUCGACGUUUCGCAACUUUCUAGAAAUAUACAGUCUACGAUCGCAUGCCUUUGUCUUUAAAAUAAUGGAUUACAAUUUUGCUUUCGGUAUAUACAUCUUUAUCGUUAGCAAACUAGCGACCUUCAUUUGGAACUUUACAGAUGUCUUCGUUAUGCUGGUUUCCACAGGCCUGGCUGAAAGAUACAAGUUUUUGAACAAGAGAGUAGCGAUCAUGCUAGUGAAAGAUCGACGCUCGUUCAGCUGGCACAAAGUGCGCAAAGCAUACGCGGUCUUGAGUGCUCUCGUAAAAAAAGUGGACGACCAUAUUUCACCGAUUAUUCUGUUAUCGUUCGGAAACAAUCUGUACUUCAUCUGUCUCCAAUUACUGAAUGGUCUAUCGAACUCGGUCAGCAGUUCCAUCUUAAGCGACAUAUACUUUUUCGGCUCCUUCGCAUUUCUUAUCGCUCGUACAUGCGCGGUUACUUUGUUUACCGCUAGAAUACAUGAUCAAAGCAAGAGGGUGUUACCUUGCCUGUACAGUUGUUCAACGUCCAGUUACGACUCGGAGGCUCAGAGGUUGGAAUAUCAACUCGCUACAGAUGAUGUAACGCUGACAGGAUUACGUUUCUUUUCAAUUACGAGAAACUUUAUGCUUGCGGUGGCAGGGGCGAUCAUAACGUACGAAGUCGUACUUUUGCAGUUCAAUAAUUCGUCACUGUGAACGAAUAAGUCGAAAGAUUUAGCGUGUCUAUUUUACUUGUUCAAUUUUAUUGUCGAUAUUUUAUAUGUUUUUGCAUUUAGUUUUGUUAUUCAGGACCUUCGUAUUUCAAAUAAAUCGAUAUUUUACACAUCUAGUA